AUGGCCUACACCACCGCCACAAGGAGUGGCAUACUGCCGCCGUCCGUCGCACUCAAAGUUUGCCAUCCGUCAUCUAGCUUCUCUCGUACUCCAAGUCUUCAACCCCUGUUCGCUGUCACCGAUCGCGGUUGCUUCCUCGAGUUCGGCGUCCGUCGUCUUUGUCUGCUCAGCCGCGCUUCCAUCGCCGCGCUUCAAAACCCUAGCCCUAGGUUCUUCCUCAAUAGUUCUACCGCAGUGUCGCCGCCGUCCGUAUUGUCAGCGCCUCCGCUUCUUCCUCUUCCCCCUGUCCAGAACCCAAGCCCUCUCUUCCUCUGCUUCUCUGUUCGAGGCUUGGAGCAGUUCGCCGUUGGGUCUCCGCUCUCCGUCGUCUCGCCGCUCGCCGUCCUUCUCUCCGUCGAAGCUGUAGGCAUUGCCUUGUCAGAGAGGAAAGCUCGUUAUUCUUAUGCUUCUCUCUGGGUUCUAUUGUCAAGUCUUGCAUUUGUUGUUGUUUGCAUUCUUGUUUUUAGGCCUCUGGUGUCAUGGAUGAUACAUAAAACCCCAGAGGAACAACCCUUCAGUGAAACACAGAUAUGCAUUGUACUUACUGGUGUUAUGAUCUCUGCUUUUAUCACUGAUGCACUUGAGGCACAUGCUGUGUUUGGUGCAUUUGUUUAUGGUUUGGUUAUUCCAAAUGGACCACUUGCUGCUGCUAUCAUUGAGAAGCUUGAGGACUUUGUUUCUGGCCUUCUGCUACCUCUCUUCUUUGCUAUCAGUGGCCUCAAGACUAAUCUCACCUUGAUCAAGGGAACCACUAGAUGGGGAUUUGUGGUCUUGAUGGUUCCUCUUGUUGUUUCUCUCCUAUUCCAAAUACCUGUCAUGGAAGGUGUAAUUCUUGGUCUGCUUAUGAAUACUAAAGGCUUCAUUGAAAUUAUAGUGCUCAAUUAUAUGAUGCAUGUUUUAACUUUUUAUAAAUUAAUUCACGUAUACCCAUCAUGCAUAUUAUUGAUUCAAUUCAUUAUGUAUGUAAACUUCCAUGGUCAGGUUCAGUUUUGUAGAAACAUAGUUUUGAUGAUUGCCACCUAUCAUCCAAAUGCAACUAUUAAUGAGUUAGCUUCCUCACCUAUGGAGAUGUCAGAAGAUGAAAUUGAAGCAAACCCAUUGAGAUUAACCACCGAAACCAUCAAAGCCGCCGAUGAGGAAAUGGAGCCUCGCCGCAUUGUUGUUCCAUCUACAGGGGCCAUAGUUAUGUUUUGCCUCGGUUUGUGUAUGUUGGGUGAUGAUGGAUAUUGUGUUGGUGUUGUUGGUGAUGAUAAUGGCACCGAUUUUUGGAGAAUUUUAGAAGAGGAAGAGAGUGAGAAUGCUAACUCCAUUAGGAAUAGUUCAUGA